AUGCUUAAGAAAAUAAUAUUUAAGUAGUUCCUUGGAGUUAUUAUACAAUAUCAUUUAUAGUUAUUUUUCUAUUGUUUGUAUAAAAAAAAAACAAGCAAAUUCUUAUAUUAUUCAUAAAUAAAAAAUAAGUUUCUAAAAAAUUUAAUAAAAAUAUCAUGUUAUGAAUGGACAAAUGAUAAACUAAAUGAUAAAUAUAAAGGAAUAGAAAGAGAGUAAAGAGCAAACAAAAUAUUAAAAUGGAUAUAUGAUACUUUGUAUUACUCAUCAACAACAGCUUUUAGUUUAUGGGCUUUUAAAGAUGCUCCUUGGAUGCCAAGUUUCUUAGGAGGGCAUGGAGAAUGCAAAAAUUUAUAUUAAAAUUAUCCAAUAUAUCAAGAUAGUCAAGGAAGUGAAUAUUUAGUGAUAUAUCAUAUGGUUUAAUUUGGAAACCAUUUAUUUUCUUUUUUAGAAUUAAUAUUAUUGAGAAGAAAAGAAGAAUAGAAAUUUUAUGAAUAUACUUUACAUCAUUUUAUGGCUGCUGGUCUUAUUUUUUAUAGCGGAAGUUUCAAUAUACUAUAUGUUUCAGUUCUUGUUUUAAUUUUACAUGAUGUUGGAGAUAUUAUUAUUGCAGGAGGAAGAGCUUAUUGUGAAAUGAAAUUCAAAUCUAAAUAUGUCUUAUAUUUAAUUGUUACUUCAGCUUUAUUUGUUUGGAUUUCAAGUAGAUUAGUUAUUUUCCCUUCUUGCGUAAUCUAUACUUGUUGGAAAAAUAUUGGAUAAUUAUAAGCAUGGGAUAUUAUUUAAUAUGGAUAUUGGUAUUUACUUAUUUAACUUGUUAUUUUAUACGGAAUGCAUAUUUAUUGGACACUUUUUAUGAUAAAGAUUUCUAUUGGAUUCAUUAUUAAAACUAAAUAUAAUAAUAUUUAUGACAACAAAGACUUGAAAACUAUACAAAAUAAAAAUAAAAAAAAAAAGUAAAAAUAAAUGAAAAUAUUUCUUUUAUUAUAUUUUAUAUAUUUAUAUAUUUUUUUUAUUAAAAUUAUUUAUAUUUGA